AUGCUCACCAGGGCCGCCAGCGUCAGUGUGGGGCGCGUUCAGCUGCCGAGGCGCUCCCGCCGGACCAUGAAGGUCGUCUGCUUCCGGCCGGCGGGCACGACCGACACGGACACGAGGAGGAAGAACCUCAAGGUGAUCCGGCAGCUCCACGGCAACGUUCAGGACUCGCUCAAGACUUGGGAAAAGCUCCUCUCCACUUCCUUCCGCGCAGGCUCCUCCUACGACGACGGCUCGGUCGAGCCCCUGCACGCGGACGCCUUCAUCGCCAACAUGAACAGCCUCGUCCGCUCCUUCCCGGACCUCACCGUCGACUGCUACACCGACGGGUCCGUGAACGAGCACGGGUGGACGCCCGUGACCACGCGCCUAAAGGGAACGCACACGGGUGAGCCCUUCUCGCCGCUCGGGGGCGCCCUCGGCCUCCCGGCCAUCCCCGCGGCCAACACGCCGCUCGUGCACGACGCCUGCUGCCUGGUCUACAUCGACAGCGGGGGCAAGAUUGCGGAGUGGACCAUCGCGUCGGACCCUGUGUCGGGCACGGAGCUGGGCAUCUACGAGAAGCUCGGCGGGUCCCUGCACGACGUCUACCUGCACGUGGUGCGCACGUGCAUGGAGCGGUUCAACCUGGCGGGCGCAGAGCAGCAGCUGCAUGCACGUGGACGCGAGGUGGCGCUCAAGUCGCUGCAUCCGUCGUUCGAGUGGAGCGCCACGCGGGACCCAUCGCUUCUCGGAGACCGCGACCAGCUCUUCACGGCGUGGGCGGAGCUUUUCCUGUACAUGCCCGACCUCCACAUGGACGUGGGCUCGCUGCAGCUCGAGGUGCUCCCGAGCGGGUGGUGCCUCGUGGAGUACGCCGUGUCGGGGCGGCACACAGGCGAGCCGGUGCGCAUCGACGGGAAGCCCGAGCUGAAGUCGGACGGGCGCGACGUGAGCUGGCUGCACCGGUCGAUGGUGCUGGUGCAUGGUGCGACCGUGGCGCGCGAGGUGACGCUGAGCGGCCCGAUCAACGGCGAGGACGUCUACCGCAUCAUGAGCCUCCCCGUGGGCAAGCACGACAUGCUGCACCACCCGUACGACAUCGACGAUGAGUCCAUGCGCAUGGAGGAGUGGGGAGUUCUCUCGAACAUCCGGCUCAGCUGA